UUGUAAUAUGAUAAUCGGGAAAAGACUUUUUUUUCUUUGCAAUAUCAAGGUCAUCAAACUUUUUGAUUGUAUAAAAUUUGCAAUUGAGUUCAUGGGUGAGACAUUCAGCCGCGGUCGCUCCAUAUGAUGAUGAUGUGCUCAAUGGUAAGUAAUCAUGUUGAAGUUUUUGUCUUUUCCGUUGAAGAUUGGGGUGACAUGGUUGUGCAGUGGUUAGCACUGAGGUGUCACAUCUCUGGGAUCAGGUAUCCGUGUGUGGAGUUUGCGUGUUCUCCUUAUGUCUUUGUGAGAUUACCUCCAGGUAUGCUGGCUCCCCCCCCCCCCCCCCCCCCCCCCAAUCCAAAAACUUGCUGAGAUUAAUCGGAGUUACCAAAUUGCCAAUUGUUGUGCUUGUGGUGAGUGAAUGGUGUGUCAGUGUGCCCUGCGAUGGGUCGGCACCCCAUCCUGGGUUGUUACCUGCCUUGCACCCAUAGCACCAGGGAUGGGCUCCAGACCCCCUUUGACCCUGAAUAGGACAAGCAGCUUCAGAGGAUCGAUGGAUGAAACUGAAGGUGAAAGGUGCUCUUACUUGACCAGAAGAAGAAUAUCAAUGAGGUUUUGUUUAUGAAUCUGGCUCUUCAUAAAUCAAACUUUGUUGCAAUGGUGACUGUCAUGUUUCCUUAUUUUCCUUUAAUAUUUACGAUGAAACCGCUCAUAAAUCAGAUAGAUAAAAAUAAGCUUGGAGUGACACAGACAGCUGACAAAUACCAAUCAUUUCCUAGCAUGUUCAAUGCCUUUCUCGUUAGUGUCACAAAUCAACUGCACUCUACCACCCUCAUUAGUUUUUUUUAUGCAUUGUUCUUCAGAUAACAUUAACCCUUAGGUACAGUCCUGUUUGCCUGAGCUCAUGUCUGUGUUCUCAUUAGCAGUAUAAUAUACGGGGUAUUACAAGGUGGAUAAAGGCCUUACAUGAAGGUGAUGAGUCAGACAGAUCUUUGUAUAUGUCACAGAGCUAAACCCUCUGUCCAAAGGCUUCUUUGAAUCUGCACUAUGCAUGAGUCUGUGGAUGGCAGCCUUGUGUCUGGGUACAGGAACCAUUCUGGGCUUAUUGGGACACAGUGCUCUCAUUUUUCUCGAAUUGUGAAGCAGAAGGAUUAGAAAGUGCUUUAAUCUGAGUGCUUGUGCACGUUGUCGGUCUCCAGUUCUUUGAGUCGCUCCAUUUUUUCCGCUGUCAAACAUGAUGGAUAUUGGUGGUCUGACCACUGUGGUGGCCAAUUCAGCCUACAUCUCUGCGCGUGGGAGCUUUGAUGGAACAGGCAACCCUGCCGCUAACCGGGAUAAGAAAUAUCAUGCCAAGCUCAAGCUUCCUCACAUCACGGUGUGUGAGCACCUCCGGGAGAAGCUGGACCCGCAGUUCCACAGCAUGUGUGUGGAGCAGCCCAUUGGCAAGCGUCUCUUUCAGGAAUAUCUGGAGAGCACCGAUGAGUAUAUGGGUCCUGGCCGCUUGUGGAAUCACAUUGAGGAAUAUGAUACAAUGGAGGACAAGAAUCGUAUGCAGAAGGCCGCAAGGAUCCUUGAACUUUACAUGGAGCCCUCGGCUAAGUACUUCUGUCCCUUUCUGCCUGAGAAUGGCAUCACCAAAGUCAAGGAAAAGCACCAGGAUGCUGCAGAUGACUUGUUUAACGAAACCCUACAGAACGUGCUAGACUUCCUGAAGGAGGUCCCAUUCACCUUUUACCUAGAGAGCAUGUACUUCAAACGUUUCCUCCAAUGGAAGUGGCUGGAGAUGCAGCCUAUUAUUGACGACUGGUUCCUGGACUUCCGUAUAUUGGGGAAGGGGGGCUUUGGGGAGGUGUCUGCUUGCCAGAUGAAGGCCACUGGGAAGUUGUAUGCUUGCAAAAAGCUCAACAAGAAGAGACUGAAGAAGAGAAAAGGCUAUGAGGGGGCAAUGGUGGAGAAGAGGAUUCUUGCUCGAAUUCACAGUCGCUUCAUUGUGUCAUUGGCCUAUGCCUUCCAGACUAAGACUGAUCUUUGCUUGGUCAUGACCAUCAUGAAUGGAGGAGAUCUCAGGUACCACAUCUACAACGUGGACGAGAACAACCCGGGAUUUGAUGAGCCGCGAGCCUGUUACUACGCCGCCCAGAUUAUCAAUGGAUUGGAGCACCUACACCAAAAGAGGAUAAUCUACAGAGAUCUAAAACCUGAGAAUGUGCUUCUGGACAAUGAAGGCAACGUCCGCAUAUCUGACCUUGGGCUGGCAGUGGAGCUGAAAGAGGGCCAGUUCAAAAUCAAAGGUUAUGCCGGGACGCCAGGGUUCAUGGCUCCAGAGCUACUGAAAGGAGAGGAGUAUGACUGCUCUGUGGAUUACUUCACUCUGGGCGUCACUCUGUAUGAGUUUAUUGCAGCAAAAGGUCCCUUCAGAAGCCGGGGAGAGAAGGUGGAGAACAAGGAGGUGAAGAAGCGCAUCUUGAACGAUCCUGUGAAGUACACUGAGAAGUUUAGCGAGCGGGCUACGUCCAUCUGCGAGGGGCUGUUGGCCAAGGACGUGGACAAGAGGCUGGGCUUCAGGAAUGGGAACUGUGAUGAAAUCCGAGCACACCCUUUCUUCAGCGGCAUCAACUGGAGGAAGCUUGCAGCAGGUAUUCUACCACCACCGUUUGUCCCUGAUUCUAAAACGGUGUAUGCCAAGAAUAUAGACGAUGUAGGGGCCUUCUCCACAGUGAAGGGCGUGGCUUUGGAAAACACUGACAAGAGGUUCUUCAGCGAGUUUGCCUCUGGCAAUAUCGCCAUCCCAUGGCAGGAGGAGAUGAUUGAGACGGGCAUCUUUGGUGAACUUAACCAGUGGGGCCCUAAUGGCGGGCCCCCCACUGACCUUCGCCGUGAGUCCAUCCUGGAGCAGCCACCUAAAUCAUCCACCUGUUGUAUCUCAUAGACUGCACCUUGGGAGCCAUUUAAAGGUGUACGUUCUAAAAAAGUAGUGAACUUGUAGUGAAUAAAAGCUCUGAAAAAAAAUAUUGGACUGAACCAAACAGAACAAAAAUGACGAGGGCCUUAGACUGGACACCCCUGGUUCUGAUGGAAUUUUCUCAACAGAAGGAAAGCACUGGGACACCAGUGCAACUAUAACCUUGGCAUUAGACAUUACAGCAUAUCUCACCGAGAAGCAUAAUAAAAAAUUAGUAAUUCUGGUUUAUUUUUUUUGUAAUUACGAAAAACUGAUUAUUUUUUAGCUUUACUGUGAAUAACUGGUUCAUGUUUCCUGUUUGUUCACAUUUGAGAGGCUAUACUCCUCUGAGAGGACUGAAGAAUGUGAUGCAAUACAUUUGGAUGUUUUGCACCCUGCUAAACCAUGCUUAAAAGCAUUUAUAGCAUAGUGUUAUCAUGGAACAAUCGAUGCAUUCAAUGCCGGUCGAACCCAUGCGGCGCCGCCCGAGACAAAGUGAAACUGGCUUGCUUAAUCGGCGCCCUCUCUGAAGACGGCGCCCUAGGCGACCGCUUAUGUCUCCUGAUGGGCUGACUGGCACUGGACACAUUUCAGAACUGUGUGACUAACAGGUGCCUGUGCCCAGCUUCUAAAGGUCGUGGUUUGCCAUGGUUUGGGUUAACAAUGUUACAGAAGUAUGUAUGCGCACGUUUGAAUGUAGCGUGCGCAGCGUCUGCCCGUACUGCUUAACAAUGAACGCAUUUCAUGCAGUCGUUUCUCAAGUAAAUGGGAGCGCGAGGAACCAAGAAUCCUUAUUUUUCUUGCUUAUCUGCAAGACUUGUGUGACUUGUGAUUCGCGCAUUAUCAGGAAAAAAGUGAAUUUGUCUAAAUGAGGAUAGAAUAAACGAUACAAUCUCAAAGGAUUAUUGGGGGAUUAAGCAUCAAAUGUUACUUUUUAUGCAGCAUAGACAUUGUCCAUACACGAAACAGCUUGUUUGUAUAGAUAUACUGUUAAAACUCAGAGUGCAAUAAGAGGAAAAUAUUUAUUUUGCUGUGGGGAAAUUCUAGGAGGACAUUUAGUCUACAGUCACGCGGGUUAU